UACAGUUUCAGUCGCAAGCUCUCGCGUCUGCUGUAAAGAUGACAAUAUUCCCAUACAGCUAACUUUCAGCUGCAGCGGAUAGAGGAACAAACAAACAUACAAAUGCACAUGCAUUUGACAAGUACAAUAUAUAUGUACAUACAUUCACAGAAAUAUAUGUAUAUAUACAUACACAUACGUGUGCGUGUAUGUGUACAAUCGCUAAUGUGUACUAAAUUUCGCGCAGUGCAGUGCUAAUCCUUUUUUAUAACGGCUUUAUCCUUACAUAAGGAUUUGCGCAAAUAAUCACAUAAAGCAAAAGGCAAAACAAAGUGCAUUCACAACAAUAGCAUUAACAAAACAAUAAACAAAAAGUGUUCAGCAACAACAACAACAUUACACUCAUCGGCAACAGCAACAAAAGGAUAUAGGCCAACAAAGCAAAAAGACUGCAAUCAAAUGCAGCUCCUUUUAUAGGCAGCAAUUUUAGCAUUGGAACAAAAGACUUUUUCUCUCUGGCUGCAUUCUUUCCAUUUUGGUACAACUGAAGCAAUUAACUGAAAAUGUAGCGCUGGCAAGGACAUGGCCAAAGUGAAACAGCAAAUGCCAUGCGAUGCUACGAGCAUAAAUAAACUUCAAGCCUUCCGUGAUUAGGACGUGGUGUACCUAAGUGCUCUAAAUGCAGACGAUAUGGGCACAACAUGGCCUCAGCACAGAUACGACAUUUCUAUAACACACCAACAACAACAACAAACAAAUCUCCUUCUUCCACAACAAACCAACUCUUACAACAACAACGACAACAGCAACACACGGUCAACAGCAAACGGAAGCAAUUUGAAAGUGAAGCGUUUGUGUGUCACACAACAACACAAAGUGAAUUGGAAGCAGCAGCAGCAACAACAACAACAGCAACAGCAGCCGCAGCAACAUGGCAGUUUUCUACACCAGCAACACUCGGGGCAGCCACAGCAACAACAACAGCAACAGCAGCAGCAGCAGCAACAUCAUCAGAUGAUGUACAAACGAGCGGAAGUAAGAAAGGUGUGUCAACUUGGUUAUGGACAAUAUAUGAGAUCGCUAUCAGCAGCAGUCGUAGCAGAAGCAACAACAACAACAACAACAACAGCAGCAAUAACAACAGGGACAACAGAAUGUUACAGCAUGUUGGCACAGAGCCUGAGCACCAACAGUCGCAUCAGCAAUAUCCUGUUGCACGUUCAUAUGGUGCUAAUGUCACUGACGGCUACAACGAUAUUGGCUCUAGCGGUACGGGAUGGCAGCGCAUUGCUGUUGCAACUAUGGGUGCCACUGCUGCUGUUGUUGGGCGCUCUCAAUUGGCUGCCACUGACAACAACUGCAAUACAACGGCUGCAACGGCAACAGCCAGCCUAUGUAAGCCAGCUAAACAAUCACGCUUAUCUUCCAAAAACAAACACGGCCAAGGUCAAGACUCUACAACAGCAACACAGACAGCAGUCACACCAACAACAACAACAACAACAACAACCAAACAACAACGAAAAGUCUAUCAACACUGCACAAACGAUGACGCUGCCAUUGCCCAGGGCACUCGGACUGUCAAAUUCUUUAUGGAUAUGCAAAAAUUUGCACGCACUGUAUUUCCGCUUGUCAUUGUCUUCAAUUUGCUACCUUUAUUCUAUGCAGGUACGUUCCAAGAAGCCAUCCAAGAGCAAUGUGAUCAGACGUUCGUCUCGCGCAUUGGCGGUCCGCAAAACGGCACCUUUACGGCGCCGCUGCUGCACAAUCAUCGCAAUCAUUCGCGCCAAUGCCUCUACACAUUCCUAGCAGGACCUGGCCAGCGUGUCGAAGUAGUUUUUAAAUCCUUUAAUUUAAGAGGAAGUCCGCCAGACGGUUCGGCCGUCGGUGAAUUACCAAGUUGUGUUCAUGAGUACAUGGAUAUCUACUCGGAGGUGCAAUCGUCCGAACCAGCGGAGCUGAUCAAUUCGCCAUUCGGCGGUCGCUACUGUGGUGCCAUACCACCGCGUCGUCGCAUUUCCAUGUACCGCGCCGUUGCCAUUUCAUUUUUCAGCAACAAGAAUGUGUCGACGGACCUGUUCGAGGGCACGUUUAGGUUUAUAAAUGCAUCGGAAUAUGAAAUUGGCAUACCCAUUGCUGGUUCGCCAUGUUCCUAUACGAUAACGCCUAGCAUGAGUAUCAAUAAAACUGGCGCACUCAUAUCGCCAACCUAUCCAGGUGCCUAUCCGAAGGAUAUGUCAUGCACAUAUCAAUUUCUUGGUGAAUCAAAUCAGAGAGUUAGAUUAGAGUUUCGUGAUUUUGAUCUGUUUUUUGGUGGACCACACUGCCCAUUUGACUAUGUGAAAGUGUACGAUGGUCCAGAUAAUUCGUCAGCAUUAAUCGGUACAUAUUGCGGACAGCAAAGAAACUUAGUAUUGUAUUCGAGCGAAUCGAGCCUUUUUGUUCAUUUUUAUACCCUACCGCGCACCGCAAAUUCCCAAAAUCGUGGCUUUAAAGGAAUUUAUGAAUUUAGCGAAAGUUUUGUUAAAUUAGAUUUUAUACGUGAAAAUGAUGGCAUUCACAUACGUGGCUCAGAAUGUGAUCAAAAGAUUUUAUCGAAUAAGGAAUCAACAGGAUUCGUGCUCUCACCUAACUAUCCCUAUCCAUAUAUACAAAAAACUGUGUGUAGAUAUUUCAUCUAUGGCAUGCAGGAUGCACAGCAUCUGGAGCGUGUACGUCUCGAGUUUAUCUCUUUCAACAUACCCAAAGUGGAGCACAAGGACAAGGGCGAAUCCAACUGUACUGAUGGCUAUCUUAAGAUCUAUCUGAAAGGCCAGGAGACUGCCGACGCGUAUGACAAGUUUGACUACGAGCUGUGUGGCAAUGAGACGCAACGCGUGAUCAGCGAUGGGCCACGCCUGGCCAUGGUGUUCAGUUCGGGUGAGCUGCAGGGGCGUGGCUUUAAGGGCAAGUACACAUUCGAAACGGAAUACAAGAUACCCGGCACGGCGGCACCAGACGGCACCUGCAGCUUUACGUAUGUGAGCAGCUCGAAGAAACGCGGCGAGCUGAACAGUCCACGCUAUCCCUCCAACUAUCCGUCAGACACGAACUGUUCCUAUUUGUUCUUGGCCGAGCCCAACGAGCAGGUAACCAUUGUAUUCGAUCACUUCAAGAUCAAGGCGGACAACAAUGUGAAUGCCACCGCCGGCUCUUACGGCUCCGGUGCCUGCUUUGAGGAUUGGCUGGAAAUGUAUGUCGUCUACCGGGAUAACAAUGAUCGCUUGCUGGGCCGGUAUUGUGGCUUAACAGCACCCGGACCCGUCGAGAGUCCGCGCGGCGCGGUCGGCUUACGCAUCACGUUGCACACGGACCAGGAGAGCGUGGCCAGUGGCUUCAAGGCUCGAUACUUUUUCGAGUCGGCCAAGUCCGAUGCAGGCGACUGUGGCGGCAACUUCAGCAACGAGGACUCCGGCAUUAUAACCUCGCCGAACUACCCAGCUGGCUAUAAGGCCCCAGGUCGCGGCAUGGCCUCCAACGCAUGCAACUGGGUGAUGACCGCACGCGCCGGCUACAAGUUGUCCAUCAAUUUUGAGCAGUUCGGACUCGAGGGCGAUCCAGCGAAUCGCGGAUGUCCCGCCGCUGUGCUGCGCCUGUGGGUGAAUGUUGACUCGGAUCAGCCGCCCCUGGAGCUGUGUGGCGAAAAGCCGCCCAUUGAGCACUGGCACUAUAUAUCCACCGGUCAGACGGCGCGCAUCAGCUUUACCACCAGCGAUAAGACCGUUGGUGCACAGGGCUUCCGCAUAGUAUGGACUGAGAUACAGGACUCUGGCCCGGGACCACCGUCGAUUGGGCUGCUCUGCGAGUCCACGUACCACUUCCAGUGCGCUGCGGGCUAUUGCAUAUCGGAUAAGCUGCGCUGCGACGGCGUCAAGAACUGCGGUCCCGGCGAUGAUAGUGACGAAUUGCAUUGUAUCACGGAAGCGGCCGAGGAGGAUCACGACGUCCUAAUUAUAAUAACACUAGUCGUCGCCUCGUCCCUAAUUUGUCUCCUAUGCACACUCUGUCACUCCAGAAGAAAACGUAGAAAUCACGUGCGUCAAUUGGGUUUACAUCGAAAUGCACACUAUGAUUCUCAGACGAGCGCAACGGCUGGUCUUAGCUCCAGUCGCCGUCAUUUGCAGAGUGGUGGGGCGAGCAUAGCGGGCAGCCUACAUGGCAUCAAUAGCGGCACGCUGAUCAUUCCACCGGCACCACUGCCACCCACCAGUGUGCCACCGCCACCGCAUAUAUGCAUAGCCGGCGUUGACAUGUCGCACGGUUUGAUGAACGACGAUGACGAUGAUGAGGACGACGACGAUCUGGAACUGGACGAGGAUCAACUGGCUGCCGACAUAUUUAUUAACGAUGUGCAUUUCGACGAAGAUAAUAUUGAUCAUGUAAACCAAAUGGCUAACGUUUAACUAUGUGUUUAAGUAUUUUUAUCGCUAGUUUCAGCUAUAAAGCGCUUUAGGUUAAGUCGUGCCCCAGCUGAAGGACGCAUUACAAGUGAGUAAAUGUGUGCGAUCAGCUGGAGCAAAAAGAACUUGAACAAAAAUUCAAAAGUUAACAAUACCUAAAAGACGAAAAAUUAUGCAAAUGUGCGAAUUGAUUAAGACAUAUAUUUAAUAAGCUAUAGAGGAGGCGCGAAUAACGUAAUGAGUACAGUAGUGCGUAAACAUUGUAGUAGCGAUAAACGAUAAACGAUAAAUGAUAAACGAUUAACGAUUUACGAUGAACAAAGAAGACAGACAACAAAUAAUAAUUACAUUUAAUUAUACAUACAUACUAUAUUAUACACAUUGCGACUACGGAUGACGAGGGAAAUGCGACAAUGCGAAAAAUAAAGAGAGACGGCAAACCAAAUAUGGAAAAGCCAAGCGGCGAGCAUGUAACGCAUUUUCUUAGCCAAAAGAGACCGCAAAAAGUUGUUGAUUUUUAUAUUUGAUACGAGUAAUAUUUAGGUGAAGCAUAAUUGAAUGAAUUAUACAACAAAUCCAAUAAGAAAU